AUGGCUUCUAUCAGCAUAUUUGAAGCAUCAUUAUCUCUUUUUUGCUUUCUCAUCUUCUGUUACUUUCUCAACAAGAAACACUCUGGUUACUUGCACAUCAAAAAAGCCCUUCAAAGCUACCCUUGGAACUGGCCGGUUCUUGGGAUGCUUCCAGCUAUGCUCAUGAGGUUCAGUCGGAUCGAUGAUAUCAUCUUGGUCUUAGAGAAGAACAACUUGACAUUUCUAUACAAGGGUCCGUGGUUCACUAGAACCGAUAUGUUUGUCACGGUUGAUCCAGCUAAUAUACAUCAUAUAUUGAGCUCAAAUUUCUCCAACUACAUCAAAGGACCGGAGUUCAAAGAGAUAUUUGAUGUUUAUGGAGACACGAUUAUCACUGCCGACUCAGAGUUAUGGAAGAAUCUAAGAACGUCUGCUCAUGUCAUCCUCCAUCAUCAAGUCACUAUUCAAAGGAAGGGACAGUGGUGGACUUGCAAGAUGUGUUCCGGAGAUUCAUGUUCGAUACAACACUAG